AACAUCGAGUUAAUUUUUUGAAAAAAAAAAAAAAAAAUUCAUUUUUUCAUCCCUUUUUUUUUGACAUGGCAAAAUUAACUUCAAUUCCUAUUGAUGAUACGACCAAUAGCGGAUACACCAGAUAUCAAACUAAUCCACGAUAUAUACGUACUGAAGCUGGUUCUACAUAUUCUCAAUCUCGAGAGACAACGGCAUCUCGUUUUAGCGUACGUCUAGAUAAUACAUUUAUUGAUUCAAACCCUUUGUUAAAAUCUCUUUACGAUCAAGUGGAUUCGAUGUUACAACAAUCUUCUGGUCAAGAUGUGACGAAAAUAUUUUUUACCAUUCUUGUGGCCAUCGAUAAAAAUCUUUCAAAUCCAAAUUCACCACUUUCAAUGAAUUCUGAUGCUAAUGAUUUAAGAAGAUUAUAUAGUAUUCCUUCAAAUGGUAGAAUGAAUAUCACUUUAAGUUUAAUGAGACCACCUCAACAAUUUACUACGUCAUCAUCAUCUCAUGAAGAAAUCGAAGAAUCAACAAAUUUGGAAGAUUUUGAUUUUUCUUCUUAUCAUAGAAUUGAUUCAGAUUUACUUCCUCCACCACCUGAAACCUGGACUGAUUCGGAUAUGACUUCAUUAAUUGAUCAAGCCACUGAAGAAAUGGAAAAAUCGAAUAAUACUUCAUAUGCUUAUGGUGCCUAUCGAUAAAAAAUAUAUAAGUAGUAGUAUAAGUAGUAUAUAUAAGAUAUCGGUAGUAUAUAGUUUAUUGGAUGUCGGUAGUAUAUAGUAUAUUGGAUGUCGGUAGUAUGUCGUGUGCGUGGUUAUCUUGGUUAAGUAUAUCAAAGUAUAUAGUAUAUUGUCGGUAGUAUCGGUAUUCGGUGGUUAAUUUUUAUUUAUGAAAGGUUGAAAAGUUGAAAAGUUGAAAAAGUUCUUUUUUUCGUUCAAAUACUUAAUGUUUUGUUUGAAAAUUAAUUCUUAAAUUUUUUUUUUUAAAAAAAUAUAAAAA